CACAAUAUUAAUAUUUAUACAAAUUAAUUACAAUAAAAAUUAUAAAUUACCAGUUGAUCACCUAAGUUUAAACUAGUUUUUUUCAUUAUUAUGAACAAGUGUCAAGUACAAACGAUUGAAAUUGUACCACCUAGCACCUAGCACAUUUUGUCUUUUAAGUAAAUAAAAUAAAAUAUGGCACCAAAAAUAGGAUUGCCUUGGUCCAACCAAUCAAUAUCUACACUAAUUGAAAUGUAUAGCCAAAAUAAUUGUUUAUAUGAUACAAAACUUCCAGUAUACCACAAUAAGCAUAUUCGGCAAAAAGCCUUGGAGGAUAUUGCGUUAACACUACAACCAUACAGGCCUAACACAACAUGGCAAGAAGUGAAGGUAAAAAUUGCAGCGUUAAGAACUCAAUUUGGAGUAGAACACAAUAAAGUAAAGACCUCAACGAAGAGCGGUACUGGUACUGAUGAUAUUUAUGUCCCAUCACUGUGGUAUUACAAUAGCAUGUUAUUUUUACAAAAACAUAUAACACCCAGAAAAAGUAUUGAAACUCCUGUUUCACAGAUGUAUCAGUUUCCUAAAGACGUUCAGUACAGUUUAUUUGAAAUCGAUAAUGUGGUUGAGGAAGAAGAUAUAGUGACAGUUGAAGUAGAAGAGCAUAUGAGUAACUCAGAAGACAGUUUUGCUAAACAUAAUAUCGAUGAAGAAAAUAUGACACAUAGGAGAACCUCAUCAGCACCAUCAUGGUUAAGUGAUGAUGUAUCAGCCACAAAAAAAAAAAAGAUGACCAUUGACAGUACACUUAAAAAGUCAGAAGAAGCAUUGAGUAACAUUGCAAAGGCUUUAGCAGUACCAUCAGUGCCACCAUUAGAUAAUGCAUCACAUAGUUUGUCUCAAUUUAUAAGUGCUACGCUGCAAUCUUUCAAAAAUCCUUCCCUUAAAAUUGCAACGACACAAAAAAUAUUAAAUAUUUUAAUGGAUGCUCAACUUAGUGAUAUUCCUUAAAUUAUGUUUUAAAACAAAUAAGUAUUACCAAUAUAUAUUUCUAGUCAAGGAUGACUGAGUUAUAAGUAAAAAAUUUGUUUUGUUUUUUUUUAUAAAAUUGUUAAUGUUUAUUUAAAAUUUAGUUUUUAAAUCAUAUUAUAAGACCUAAUUAUUUUAAUUUGUAAUUGUUAAAUAAUAUUUUUAAAUUUGUUUGUUUUGGUAUUGUGAAAUUUUCAUAAUACAAUAUUAACUACAUGCAUUUCUAGUCAAGGAAGACUGAAUAAGGUAAAAAUUUAUGUUUUGUUU